AUGCACUGCUCAGACAAUCUCUUCGAUUCCUCUCAUGAUCCUCCUGCUAGAAAUGAAUCUCUGGUUUUGCUGGCUGCCCAGCCUGCACCUCCACUGCUGCGUUUCUCCAACUUUCUGGAUCCUUCAAACAUGGUCUACCUCCGCUGGGACCAUGACGAACGGGAGCUGAUGACGUUUUAGCUGCAGGUCCGUACAACUGGCUGGGUGGCAUUUGGAUUCAGCCCCCAUGGAGAGUUGCCUGGAUCUGACAUUGUGAUAGGAGGUGUCUUCCCAAAUGGCAGCAUCUACUUCUCUGAUUGUCAUGCGGUAGAUGAGGCAACCCUUGAGGAAGAUGAGAGCCAGGACUAUCAACUGCUGUCAGUGAUGGAGAAUGAGACCUCCACCACCAUGCUGUUCAAACGUCACCUCCAGACAUGUGACCCAAAUGACCUGGCUAUCACAUUUGCUGUUCCAGUUGAAGAAACCAAGUAUGCCUGUACCUUUAUCCCACUGCCCAUGGUCAAGCAGAAACACCAUAUCUACAAGUUCGAACCUGUAAUAACACCCCACAACAUAACCUUGGUUCAUCAUAUUCUUCUUUAUGGCUGUGGCAACGCCAGCAUGUUACCCAGUGGCAUAGAUGAUUGCUAUGGAGCCAGUCCAGAUUUUGCUCUGUGCUCUCAGGUGCUUGUGGGCUGGGCUGUUGGAGGAGAGUCUUACCAGUUUCCAGAUGAAGCUGCAGUUUCCAUAGGGACACCUUGGGAUCCUCAGUACGUCCGACUAGAAAUCCAUUACAGCAAUUUUGACUUGUUAUCAGGUUUGAUCGACAGCUCAGGGGUACGAAUCUACUAUACUCCGGAGCUACGGAAAUAUGAUGUGGGGGUUAUGCAGACAGGCAUCUUCACUUUCCCUGUGCAUUUCAUCCCUCCUGGAGCAGAAUCCUACAGAUCUUACGGCCUUUGCAAUUCCAGCCAGUUUGAUGAAAUGAAUGGGAUGCUGGUUCCAGAUCUGCAUGUCUUUGCCUACUUGCUUCAUACCCACCUGUCUGGCAGAGGAGUGAAAGCUGCUCAAUACCGGAAUGGUGAGCAGCUGGGGAUCAUCUGUGAGGACAAUAAGUAUGACUUCAGACUGCAGGAGAUUCGGGACAUGAAGGAAAUCCUCAUAAUCAAACCAGGGGAUGAGAUCUUGGUCGAAUGCAACUUUCAGACACUGGAUCGGUCAGGGAUUACUUUUGGUGGGCCAAGCACCAUGAAUGAGAUGUGUCUCACAUUCCUCUUCUACUACCCUCGUAACAACAUCUCCAGUUGUAUGGGCUACCCUGAUAUUUUGUAUGUUGCACAUGUACACAAGCAGGAGGCCUCAGAUGCAGUGGAAGGAAUGAUGGUCAUGGACUUUGUUGACUGGGACAAUGAGACUGUCAAAAUUGCAGAGCAAGCAGCCAAGGAGGCAGAUCAAGUAGUCAUGAUUAAAACCAUUAAUGAGCUGCUGGAUAACCAACAAAAUUAUAUCACGCAGUCCCUGUCUCCCUGA